ACAAUAAAGAGUGUCUUAUGAAGAUAGUCUCAGCCACGCACAACCCAUCUCCGUAAAGGCUGCCAGCCCAAGUCUCCGCCUCUGACGGUUUGACCUCUCCACUCAGGCACUCCCCGCGUCGUACCAUCUUACACACCCCACCACCACUCCGCUCCACUCCCUCUCCCACUCACCGCAGCCAUGGCCCUCACUGCCCGCGCCACCACCUCCACCGCCGCCGUGGCGUGCCUCCUCCUCGCGCUCGCUGCCUCCGCCGCCGGGGCGGGCUCCCCUGCCCCGGCGCCGGCGGUGGACUGCCUCGCGGCGGCCGCGGGCCUGAGCGACUGCCUCGACUACGUCACGCCGGGCAGCACGUCGCGCAGGCCGAACAAGGCGUGCUGCGGGGAGGUGAAGGCCGCCGUGGCCAACCCCACCGUCGUGGACUGCGUCUGCUCCGCCUUCAGCUCCAAGAACCUCCCCAUACCGAUCGACAUGGCCCGCGUGCUCGCGCUCCCGGGCGCAUGCGGCGCGUCCAACGCCGCCUUCAGCAAGUGCCACAUUGCCGCGGGACCUCCUACCGAAGCGCCUUCACCGUCUGCGGGGGCCCCAACAAGCGGCGGCGCCACUGCAGCCCCACCAGUACCUGCCGCUGCGGCGAGUUCUCCGAUCACCGCGACCGCUCUUAUAGCCACCGUGGCGGCUCCGCUGCUUGCCUACCGUUACCUCUUCUGAGGAUUUCUAGCUCGCAUGCUAUGCUGCUGUCCUGGCUGAGUGACCUUCGUGAUAAUUAGUUUGUUGCGCUGUGCCGUAAUUCAGUUAUCCUGUUCUUCAGAGUGGGCUUUGAUAUACUGUUUCCUGAGCUGUUUUUAACCUCACUUCGCUUGCUUUUUUGUUGCCUGAAUUCUGAUGUUAAGCAGCAGUUCCAAUUAUAUUAUCACCGUGUGUUCUAAUUUUCA